CGGCGGGUGCGGCGCAGCGGCGGGCGCGGGUCUGGCGGCAGCCGGUGUCAAGGGUUAUUUUUCCAGUAAUUUGGAUCUUUUUGAAGCGCCUGCUUGCCUAAUGCCAUGAAUAUUGCGGUGAAAAAUGAGGAAGAAAAAGCUGUCCAUUCCUGGUCAAGAAUUUCCUCUGCAGGACAGAAAGUGCUGGAGGAAGCCCUCCGAGUCUUCAACCCGAUGUCCAAGGACCUUUCGGACACAGAGACCCAGCUGGUGGCUUUCAUCCAAGGCCUGAAGGAGGAGGGCUACCAGCCCACGAUUCUGAGGAGUAAGGAUGUGUACGGGUAUAACUCGUGCACAGCAGUCACACCGAGUCAGACUGAAGAAAACACACAGCACAGCUGUGCCAGCACCACUGAGCCCACUCAGAGUCCAGCCAGGAACUCAGUGGCAAAAGUGGCCUCUUUGCCCACCAGCAUUCCAGUGAGCUCUUUGAAAGUCUCCAAAGGGGACUCCACAAAUCUCCUCUUGAGGUCCUUGAAGCAGACAGGAUCUGGCACAUCCAAGGCAGCAGCAGUGGGCUUCCCUACAAGCAUGUAUCCUGACGUGUAUCCAGCUAUGAGACUGUCGGUGGUUUUGGAAGCCCUGGUGCCACUGAAAACGUCCUGUUUAGAGUCCAAGUACACACGAGGGCGUCUUGGGAUCUCUCCCUCAGACCUUAAACUCCUCAAGACUUCAAGUCAACCAAGGCAGUUUUCUUCAGGCAAGAGGACUAAAAUAACCGAAGGCAAGAGGUACAAGCAUUCAGUUAAGAAAGCACCAGAUUCUGCCACCUGUGCUUUAAAGCUUCUGAAGGGACCAAAGGGUGGAGUGCUGCAGGAGAGCAAUGCCUGCAAGGCCUCCGGAGUUCUCAACGGGAGAGUCACAGGCAGCUCAUCCCAGGACUGCACCACAGCACCACAGCCCAGGACCUUGAAAAUCAAAGAUAAGGAAGCUCUGUUGGGAAAAACAGAGUGGAAGGACAGCAGCACCUACCAGGAGAGCACUGGGCAGAAGAAGAGAAGAGCUACAGAGGCAAAAGAAGCACCACAGAGGAAAAAAGCAAAUACCAUUCCUGUCCGAAAGAAAACUCGACAGGCUCAGAGCACUUUGAACCUGCUGAAAUUCCGGACCAUCAAGGUGGGCAACUCUUCCUCUGAUGAUGAAGUGAGGAGGAGAGCACAGAAGAUUCUUAGGGUCAACUUAUCCCCUGUUAUCCAAAUUCAGCCUUUGUCCCAUUCUCAUAGUGUUCCCUGAGUUUCUUCACUUUGUCACUUUUUUUUGUAAGUAAGUAAAUACAGGCCUGGCACCAGAGCACAGAGAGGUUUAGAAGUGACUCUGUGUCUCUGGUGCCAGUAUGCUGACUAACCUGCAGACAGAGCAGCCCACUAUCAUGCUGUUCCUGCCUGUCCACCACUGCUGUGCAGAACUAGCUGCAGAAAUCCAAACCCCGGUUUGGGAGUGAGGGACGGUGACUGGCCAGCAUCAAGCUGAGCAAGCUGGAGAGCUCACUUCCCACCACACUCCCCUGAAUGUGGCAGGCUGUGCUCUUGUGCAGGGGAGAACACAGGACUUUCUCAUGACAUUGAUGCACUGUGAUAUUGCUCUUUUUCAAGCUGUGCAUUUAUUGGUUUUAUUUUGAUCAAAUUUUAUGACUUCAUUAUCUGUAUAUCUAUAUAUCCAUAUAUGUGCAUAUGGCCCAGGAACUGUGGGAAGAUGCACUUCCUCCAUCCCUUUGGGAUUUGGUUUGAUAGCUUUUGUUCCUUCUUCCCUUCAGCUGGUCUUCUGUUGAAAGGUGCCAGGAUUCCUUUGUGUUUCAGUAUUGUGACAGUCUGUCCUGGGCUUCCUUGAGCAGCUCAGGGGCAGCAGCGUUGUAGCCACUUGUUUGUCUCCAGAAUGCCAAACAAUUUGGACAAUUGCCAGCUGGUAGUUUUAAUCCUGUUUUCGGUAUUACCUCUGCAUAACAGUGGGGGAGUGUCACAGGACUGCAAGUCUGUCUGAUGUUUUUAGGUGCCUCCUCCCUUUGUGGGUAGCAGAAGUUUUGAACUCAUGGUAGGGAUUUGCCUCCAAAGCAGUUUCCUCCUCAGCACCCAGCGUUACUCUGCUCUUCUAUACCCCAGGUGCAGCUGUGGAUCAUGAACUGUGACUGUUAGAGCCAAAGGGCUAGAAAUGUUACAAUAAUUUUGUAGUGUCCUGCCCACUGUGUAACUGCUUUGCUGUUGCUGGGUGUUCCAGGAGCAGAUUCCAGGUGCUGGUGGAGAAGACUGUUGGUUUUGGCUGGAUUUAAACCACAACAGAGAUGCAGGCUGUGUUUGAAUGUAUUAGCUACAUCCUGCCAGUCCCAGAGCUCAGUGGGAUACUUGAGCCUGAGUAAAAGUAGAAAAGCAAAAAAUUUGGGAGGAUAUAUAGCAGCACUUAAACAGAGAGAGUUGCUUUCUGUGGUUUGUGGAGAUGAAGCAGUAAAAGGAGAGAUGGGCACCAUGUUGUGGUGGGUGGCAGCCGUGCUGUGCCAUCAGGGAUGUUGUGAGGAGUGUGGCAGGUGUGAGAGCUCUGUGUGGAAGGAGUGCAGGCUCUGCCAUCCCCAGGAGGCACUCCAGAACCACUGCCACCUCCCUGCACCAGGGGCAUGCUGUCCAAUGGGAACACAACAAUGUGCUCCACAUGGAGUUAGUCCUGCUGCUGUCACUUGGAAGGGACAGCCUAGUGGUCUGGGGAAAGGAAGAGUCAUUGCUCUGGGCUCCAUACAGCACUGCUGUAUGCUCAGAUCUCUGCAGUAGUAGUGUAAUCCACUCAUUCUCUCACCAGCUCAAAAUACCAGUUGUCUGACCUAGUAAUCUCUGUGAACAUUGGCUGAAGGGAUGAGCUCCCCAGGGAAGUCUCAGCUCCUUGCAUUUAAGCCCCACCCUGCAAGCACCUGGUUGGAUUUCAGUUGUUUAUAAGAGGGGUCGGUGUCUGAUCCCCAGUGCAGAAAGGAAGGCAGGGGUAUGGAGAGAAGAGAGGAGGUUCGGGAUGGGUUGAGAGGGCAGGUAAGUUGAGCAUUCUGAGGUGCAUCUGGGUUCUUUCACUCACACAGAAGAGGGUGGAAGUUCUCUUUCCACCCGUUCUAGUGGAAAGUGUCCCUAGUUGGAAAAAGAUAAUCUUUAAGGUCCCCUCCAAUCCAAACCCUUCUGUGAUUUUAUGAUUCAGGGCAUGAUUUCAAGCCGUGAACCCCACUCUUGGGCUCUGAGUUGCUGUCAGAGGGCAUAACUUGCAGUGUUUGAGACUGACCGGUGAAUGCCGCUGCUUGGCUGCCAAGGAAGAGGAAAUAUUUUCUUCUGCUUCUGUGUUUUAAAAUGCCCUGGCAGAGAGUUCCCUGUCCUGACCUGGUGCUGGAUGAACAGGGGCUCUCCAUCACUGUCAUUUGGCCAAAAAUUGCUUUGUUCUUUUUGUUCCCACUCCUUCAGACCUUUCUUAUUCCCACGCUCUCAAAUGCCAGGUCUUGAAGUCCUGCACUGGUGUUUCUCUGUUGGGCUGUUUCCCGAGGAAGGCUCAUGAACUUCUGCCUGUGGUAUUGGUGUCAGGCUGCUCAGCAGCUUCCCCAUUCCCAGACCCUUAUAAGGGCACUGAGAGCUGUCUUUGGAGCCUCCUUUACAGCACAGACGUCCCAGCUGAGCGCCUGGCCUCCGCUGGGAAAAACAACGUGCCUCAACAAGGCUGAAUCCAGGUCGAGGUCGCUUUUCCUCCAGCCUGAGUGGGAAGCUGAGUACCUGAGGCCAACUUACCAGGCCACAUCCCUCAUUGCUGUGUGUCUUCCCCUAGCUGUACUGCUGCCUGCCUCCCCACUCUUUUCCAUCACCUCUUGUCUUUCACAGCUUGGGUCUCUGUCAGUCAAGGACUUGACUUGUGCUGUUGCUUAACAGGUCCAGCACAGCAUCCAGCCUUAGUGCUGCCAUGCCUUUCCCAGCAUGAACUGAGUUCUGUGUAUCCUUGGUGAUGACAGUUUGCCCUUCCCAGGCCACCAGCAAAAGGUUUUCUGCUCCACAGGGAGAGACAAGCUUUGGAAAAGCCUGUGUGUCACUGAGGCUUCUGCCAGGGAAGUGAGCACUCCAUAGCUGUGUGCUCAGGGACUUGCUCAUCACCAGUUCCAUCUCUGUCAGCUCUCCUGUGCAUCUCUAACAGACCACAGGGCCCUGAGUGACAGGGCAGUGCUGGACCUCCAUUCUCUGCCCUCCUGUUGUCUCUUCUUCCUCUUGCAGGUGCUUCGGGAACUUGACUGAAAGGAUUGCAGGUUGUUAUAGAGGAGUUUUACAGCCUCUUUGCCAGUGCCAGCAACUGCUGCCCAUCAGCCAGUACUGGCAGAGGGGGUUCCUCAGUCUGGCACGGGUUGGCUCCACUAUCCUGGAGCUCAUGCCCAGGUGAAGAUGUUCUUGAUGUCCUGGGCAUGUAAUACUAGUGUGCAUGAGGCUGCAGAGGGGCUUUGUGUGGAUGCUGCUCUCUGCUGUUGAGGGAAGAUGAAGGAUUUGAUCAAACCAGAGCUACCUAAGACCUGAUCUAACCAGAGGUCUCUCCAGCAGGUCCCUUCCAUCCUGUGUUAUUCUGUGGCAGCUGAGUAACACUUCAGGGAACUGUGCAACAGUAACUGGCAGGGCCCAUAGAAAUGCAUUGCCUAGAGCGCUGUGGUCUCUGCUGAGCAUGUGGUAUGCACCUUGUUCAGACCUGUUUCUGUAUUAGUCACUUUGAUUUCAUCCAAGUGCCUAACCUGGUCUGUGUUGUUCUGGGCACUGUGACAGCCGAGAGCUUAGGAGACUCUCUUAGGGAUGCUUUUAAAGCAUGGAUUUGUGCCACUGUCACUUUGAGAAACGAUUCGGCUAGCGGUCAAAAGGCUGUUCUUCCAACUGAUUUUUUUGGAAAUAAUUUCUCCUUUUAUUCAGCUGCCAAGAAGCAGUUUGUGCUUCCCCUCCACCAGACAAAGUCCUUGAGCUUCCUGCAUGCUUCAGAUGUCCGUCAGCAAGGUCCAUGGGGAGAGUAGCUUGUCCAGCAGGCAGCUGAAGCUGACAUCAAAAACCACUGAAAUCACAAUGUUAAUUGGUAGAAAUGUUCUGAAGCUCAUGUCCACUGUGAUCAAAUUUCACCAUCUGCCACUGCUUAUGGUUGUAGAAGUUUCUCCUCAGCUUCUUCCCUGCAAGCCAUGUAGUGUGUUGCUGCUGCUGCUUCUAAACUAUUUGCAUUCCCUCUGAGCCGGCUGCUGUAGCAAUCCUUGUACAAAAUUUCUUAAACAGUUUUUUGCAAAAUAAGAAGGGAUUAUUUUGUUACUCCUGCUUGGUAGCCCACCAGUGGUAUUUCAGUAUGUGGAGGAGAUGUGCUCCCUGGAGUGCUCACCUCACUGGACAGCUCUCAGAGCAGUUCAUACUAACUGAUGGGAUGGGGUUAGUGGGCUGAGAUCCACCCCAUUGCCUGGUGCUUCCUUGCAUGGAGUUCAGCCAGUUGCCACCUAAGAACAUGGCAGGGGGAUCAGCAGCAGAACAGCACAGAUGGGUGAUGCUGUGCAUGUGGCUCCAUGGUCCUGCUCCACAGCUGCUUGUGUUUUGCACCCUGUCAUCCAGGCCCCCCUGGUACACCAGAAGCAUUCUCCACCUCAGCUCCAGCUGUAGCAAGAGGGGCUGGAAGGCUCUGGGUUUUGGAAUGGAGCACAGAGUUUGUGCCCUUUUAAUUGUGAUUUGUGCUGUGUUCAUGGCCAGAACUUGCCAGCAUGUGGGGGGUUCAGUCACCCCAGCAGUUCUUUCCCUUUAGAUUCAAGUUUCCUGCCCUGUCUAGGAGCUGGGCCUUUGGCCAUGGCUCAAGGGAUCCCUGGGUAUGGAGAGCAGGUUUGUCUCUCAGCUCCAGCUGGGCAGUGUGACUCGAGCUGGGCAGCUUCCCAGGCAGGAAGGCAGUUUUCAGUGGGAGGAUCCUUUUUUUUGGCCGUGGUUGGCAGGGUCAGUGCUGAGCUGUGGAGCACCGGCUGCUCAGCCAGGCUGGUUGGUUUGUGUGGAAGUUUCUUUUUCAGUCUUCAAAAUGGCACUGGCCUCUGUUCCUGUGCUCAGAUGGGGAUGGCCUUACAGGAACUGAGGUGGCCCACGGGGAGGACAGCAGUUUUGGGAUAUCUGGCACCUUCCUGACGAUGCUGCAGCCCUCAGCUUUGCCAUCUGGGUGGGCUGGCAUGACCUGUGGAGAGCACAGCAGGGCAGGAUGCUCCUGAACCCUUGCAUUCAGGACUCUCCUAGAGAGCAGCAUGCCAGGGUUUCCCUCUCCUUGCAUCCUGUUCUGCCUGGAGCUAGGUGCUGUUCAGAAGGUGCCAGGUGCCUUGGAGGAAUCUGGUCCCUGAAGACAUGGGAGGCCAGCCUUUGUCACCUGGUCAUCCCUGAAUGAAGCUUGUCUGUAGGUGUGACACUGCUGGAACUUGCAGGUUGGCCAGCAGCUGCCUUCAAAGCCGUGGUGCUGAGGCCAGACCCCUCCCUUUGCUUGGGAACACCAAGGAAGUCUGGUGAAAAAAUGAGAAGCUGGGAGUAGGGAAAGCUAAAGAUGCCAGCAGCACCUGAACAGCCUGCAGCUUCUGUGUCUGCUGCAAGAGAUGUGCAAACAGAGGAGCCAAGGCUGUGGCAUUCCGCAGCACUGUCUUCCCUCCAUCCUUGCCCAGCCACAGAGCUUUCUCUGCCCUGCCUGGCAGCAGUACACGGACACUGGUGCUGCAGGUGAGCAGGAGACCUUUUGGAGCAGUUCCCCCCCAAACCCUUAAUUGCCAUCCUUCAUAGGUCUUACAGUCUGGUGCUGCUCAUGUGGCUUCUGAAAUACCUUCCCCAGGGAGUCCCUUAAAGGCCUUAUUAUCGUCUGGGACUCUCUCCUUAUUGUCUUAAUUAGCCCCUUCCGGUCCUGUGUUCCUGUGGCUACAGGCAGCCCCUGCGAGUGUCUGGUGAUUCCCACAGACACAGUCAGGUACAUGGUGCUGUUUCAAGAGAAGGUGCUGCAAGGCUACCCCCAGAAAUACCUCCCGGCCCUGCUGCGUUGCGCUGCACAGGGCUGGGCUGGGACAAAGCAACUAUCGGUGUUUGUUCAUGGCGGGGAAGGCACCAUGUGAUGCCCUCCCUCCUCCUGGGUGCAGCACUCCUGAGGAGUAGCAUUUCCUGAGCAGAGGCACAGCAGCUGCUCUGAGUGACACAGGGGCUCUCUGGCUGGGCACUGUCCAGCCGCUUGUGCUACUCUCUACCAGCCAGCAUCUCCAUGAGAGCCAUCUCCACACCACAGCAUGACCAACCUGCUCCAGCUGAGACCAUGCCAUGGGCUCCGCUGUGGCAUUCCCUGGUGUUUGGGCAUCCCAAGCAACGGCUGGGGAGCAGCAACUGCAACCCGCAGAAGGGCGAGUAACAAACUUUGUAUGAUGAUUUUACAAAUGACCAUCUUGUUCUUGAGUGAACUUUUUACUGUUUCAUUUGUUUGUGUAGAAUGUUUCUGAAGUUCUAAUAAUAUUUAAUGUUAAUAUGAAGCUGGGCUGUUCCACACUCAAUGUUGUAUAUUUUGGAAUGGCAUUGCUUAGUGAAAAGACAGCGUUAAUAUUAUUCCACUCUUUGUAAGGCAAUGGGACAAAAAACAGACUGUCUUUUUUCUUAAAUGAAGUGAACUUUUUGUUAUGAAGUCCUAGCAGGUGUCCAGCCUUUCAGUAAAAUGGUGCUCAAAACCA